AUGGCGCAUAAAUGGAAUCACAACUUUCCAAAGAUUGCCCGCGAAGCUGGAUUUGUGAUCAAAGAGCUUUCCGUUGGUCACUGCAUUGAUUGGCGAUUUAUUGCAUCUAUUGAUCCGUAUGCCAUCGUUGGCGACAAGGAUUACGAGAAGCUGGACGAAUUUAUUCCACACAUUGCGGAGGUCCCCAUCGGAACGGUACUGAAUAAUCGUAUCCUUGAUCCUGCUAUAGGAAAGUAUUUUAUAUUGGCUCAAUUCAGCAUACAAUAUCUACUAUUCUGCAAACGAUUCUUGGACGAAACCGUGGUAGAAAUAAGAAAUACAGCGCAAGACGUUCAGAAGGAGAACAGCCGCCUUGAAAAAAUCCGUCGCAAGAAAAACGAAGAAAUUGUUUCGUUGCACAGGAAGUUACAGAGGGCUGAAAGUGCCCAUGCCCAACAAUUGGUCUUUCCGUGUUCAAAGUGUACGAAGAAUUUCAUAAGUUUGGAACUGUUGAAUGCUCACAUGGCUAGAAAGCAUGCUGAGAUGGGCACCAAUGUCGCUACUUCAGGAGAACCCAAACCAGCCGGACGGAAGUUGUCCGAGACGGAUUCCAAUUUGAUCAAUACGAUCAAACUCGAACUGGAAGUGAAACAGCUGAAGGAACGAUUGAAUGCUACCGAGAAAGACUUGAUGGAUCAGCGCAGUCGAGAUCGAGAGCAUUGUUGUCAUGUCACGUGUAUCGAAGAUCGGGGUAAAGAUAAGGAUUGGAGACCGCCGAAGGUGGUUGAAUGUUGCAGUGUUGCGAUUCAGAGCAACCUGGAAGAUGCCAAAGAUGUCAACGAGAAAGAAGUGCAGACGAGUGUGCGCAGCCAUUCGGAGACACCCCCGAGACUUUCCCCGAUUUCACGCUUCUCGCCCUCACCGACACGUCCAGCGCUUCCACCGGUCGUGCACUCUCCUCCACCGCAGCCACGUGUUCCCUUGGACUACAUCUCCAAGUCCGAGCUGGAAUCGAUCGUCCGCGAACAGAACGAUCAGUUCGAGAAUUGGAAGCAAGCCGAACGUCUCAAAUUCAACAGCGAAAUCGAAAAAGUCCGCCAGAACUUGACUGAUGCCAUACGGGAACUGGAGAAGCGCGAUCGAAUGGUAGCGGCCGCUCCGGUGAUCAACGUAACCGCCGAGCGGAAUGAGGAGAAUGAGAACAUUUGGAAGAAGAGAUAUCGAGAAUUGGAACAGAUGUACGAAAACAGUCAGAGACAGGUUAGGGAGACGGUGGAAACUAUCGAAUCGGCAUACGAAGAGAAAUUCAGGCGGAUAGAACAAAUGGUGGAGCGACAAAAAGAAACAACCGCGAAUGAAGCCAAACAAGACCAAACCAAAAGGGUGAUUAACGAUAGUUCACUGUUGCAAAUUCCUGUGCCAAUUAUAGAUUUGAAGUCAUCUCUUCCCCCGGCACUAUCAAGAACAACAUUUGAGUAUAAGGUUAAUGAGGUUGAAGCGCAACAAGACAGCACUCCGGAUGAAACAGAUCAGUCUGAAAGUGAUGAGGAGAUUAGAGCUUUGGAAGCUGCAAAAGCAAAAUUGCUGUCACGAAGUAAUGUCUCUGCGCCGGCGAUGGAAGAAUCCAAAGAAAAGCCAAUUGUGAGCAGCCUGGAGAAACCACUGUUAUCACCUAAAAAGCUAAUUUUGAACACCUUUAAAACCCGUUUAAAACAGUUGGGCAUUGAUACCAAAACGAAAGCAAUAUCUAAAGAAGAUCUCAAUGCCGCUACCGAAACUUUGGCGGAGCGUAGAGAUGCUAGCAAAAGACAAAAUCGCGGUUUCUUCAUAACCAGAAAUCAGUUGAUGACAAAAGUUGAUCAACUAGCAAGAAGUCGACUGGGAGAAGCACCGAAACCAAGAACUCUUCGCAGCAAAACAGUUGAUCAACCGAUUGUCAGAAAACGGGAGACGCCUUCUCAACCAGUCCCAAAGCUGCGGUCAACGUUGCAAGUGUCCGGAAAUAAUCCAGUUAUCGACAUAUUACCAUCCAAAUUGAAGUUAGUAAAUGAGGAUCGCCCAGCAGUUCCAAAACCAAGAGAAACCACAUCGAACCUGUUUAAAACCAGAACCGGCUCAUCUUUACUUGUGGCACCGGAGAUUAAGCUUACCAGCGAUGACGUCAUAACGGUUCAUGCGGAAAUCAACCCUCUAGCAGAAACCUUAUCGCGAAGUCCUGUUCCUUCAGCUAGAACCUCUCCACGUCCAUCAGUGUCAGACCACGACCGACAUGUGGAACGCCUGCUAGACACCCCCAUCAAACGUCUAUCAACCUCUCCGGAUGUGAUCACCGUGGAAAGCAGUCGACGUGCGAUCGAAAACGAUUCCGACCUAAGUGACAUCUUGGAAGCCGUUCCGCUGCAACCGAAGCCGAUACCCAAAAAACGUGUCCUAUUCAAUUUGGAUCGAGAUAACGCUGGUGGGGCGGUCGAAAAGGCGGAAUCCACGUUGAACGUGACUAAAGAGAUAGGCCCUAAGCUGUCUUCCACCGUGAUUCAAGUUUCAAAAGCGGAGGAAGACUCCGAUUGGAACAUUAGUAGCUUUGACGAUGAGAAGUAA